GUAAUCAAAAAUUCACUUUCAACGUCCUUCCGAGUCAUACCCUCACCAUUCAUCCAUCUCAAUCUAUUCCGCGCUUCAACACCACAAACCGCAAAAAUGUUACACUCCGCCAAACCCCCAUCAAUAGACCCUCAAAUGCAGCCGGAAGGCCCCUCGACAUCAUCAAAACGCAUCUUCGCGCCAACAGGCGGAUCCACAGACCCAGGCCACGCAGUCCAAUACGCCAAAGGUGCCCUCGACCGCGACGACCUGUCCCCUUCACCCACAGACCAAUUCCACGCCUGGUUCAAACAUGCCGUGGACUCCAAAGUGUACCAACCGGAAACCGUCACCUUAUCUACUGCGUCACUACCGUCUGGAAAAGUUUCUGCUCGCACGGUGUUCAUGAAAGAGCUAGAUGACAAGGGAUUCGUGAUCUAUUCGAACUGGGAGACGUCGAGGAAGGCGGCGGACGUGGCGAGUAACCCGCAGGCUGCGCUGACGUUUUGGUGGAGGGAGCUGGAGAGGCAAGUCCGUGUUGAGGGGCGUGUGGAAAGGUUGACCGCGGAGGAGAGCCAGGUGUAUUAUGAUACGAGGAUCCGGGCGAGUAGGAUUGGGGCUUGGGCGAGUCCGCAGUCGAAGGUUCUGGAUGGGAGGGAGGAAUUGGAGAGGAGGGUUAAGGAGGUGGAGGAGAGGUUCGAGGGCCAGGAAAAGAUUCCUGUGCCGGAAUUCUGGGGUGGAUUGAGGGUCAUUCCUGAGGUUGUAGAGUUCUGGCAGGGGAGGCAGAGCAGGUUGCACGAUCGGUUUAGGUAUACGAAGCAGGAGGAUGGAGAGUGGAAUAUUGAGAGGUUGGGUCCUUGAUGCAUGGAAGUGGAU